GGCGCGCAUGCGUGGAGCCGUGAAGGCUGCCCGGUUCCGGCGAAGGCGGAGCGGCGGCGCGGACAGGCCAGGCUCCGGUAGCGGUGGGCGCGCCAUGUGUGCCUGGUAGAGUGUGGCGGGGAGGAGGGUCGAGCCGCAAUGAACCUGCGUGGCUUGUUCCAGGACUUCAACCCCAGCAAAUUUCUUAUUUACGCCUGCUUGCUGCUUUUCUCCGUGUUGCUCUCUCUACGUCUGGAUGACAAAAUUCAAUGGAGUUACUGGGCUGUAUUUGCUCCAAUAUGGCUCUGGAAGCUAAUGGUGAUUGUUGGUGCCUCAGUUGGAACAGGAGUAUGGGCCCGAAACCCGCAGUAUCGAGCAGAAGGAGAAACCUGUGUGGAGUUCAAGGCUAUGUUAAUUGCAGUAGGCAUCCACCUGUUGCUGCUGAUGUUUGAAGUUCUGGUGUGUGACAGGAUCGAACGAGGCACCCACUUCUGGCUUCUGGUCUUCAUGCCAUUAUUCUUUGUAUCUCCAGUGUCAGUUGCAGCUUGUGUGUGGGGAUUCCGACAUGACAGGUCUCUGGAGCUGGAAAUCUUGUGUUCAGUCAACAUUCUACAGUUCAUAUUUAUUGCACUCAGACUGGAUGAGAUCAUCAGAUGGCCUUGGCUUGUCGUUUGUGUUCCGCUGUGGAUCUUGAUGUCCUUUCUGUGUCUAGUAGUGCUCUAUUAUAUUGUAUGGUCUGUGCUGUUCUUGCGCUCUAUGGAUGUGAUUGCUGAGCAAAGGAGGACGCACAUAACAAUGGCUGUCAGCUGGAUGACAAUUGUCGUUCCUCUGCUCACGUUCGAGAUCUUACUAGUACACAGACUGGAUGGACACAAUUCUUUUUCUUUUAUACCCAUAUUUGUUCCUCUCUGGCUUUCACUGAUAACUUUAAUGGCAACAACAUUUGGACAAAAAGGAGGAAAUCACUGGUGGUUUGGAAUUCGCAAAGACUUUUGCCAGUUCCUGCUUGAAAUUUUCCCUUUCUUACGAGAAUAUGGAAAUAUUUCUUACGAUCUUCAUCAUGAAGAUAACGAGGAAACAGAAGAAACACCACUGCCUGAACCACCAAAAAUUGCACCAGCAAUGUUUCGAAAAAAGACUGGAGUGGUCAUCACACAGAGUCCAGGAAAAUACGUGAUUCCACCUCCCAAAUUAAACAUUGAUAUGCCAGAUUAAGGUGACAGUAGCAUAUUAAAAUUGAACUGGGAUUCAGCAGACAAAUGUAUUUCAUCUCAUGCCUUGUCCUGAUUAACUUUAAAAUAGGCAUUGCAGAAUCAGUGGCUUGGAUGACACAAAUCAGAGAUCUUGAAGAUAAUCAGACAAUUUUUUCCAGAGAGAUGUGGUGGUCUAAUUUGUGAACCUUCCUAAUGGGUUGGUUGCACGCUUGCCUGUAUAGUAUUUAUAUGAACAUUUUAGCAGUGUAAUAUAUUGUUUACAAGUCUUGUCCUGUACAGUGUAAGUAUUAUCUAAAAGUAUUUUUUUAAAAACCCUGUAUGAAAUGCCUAUGCUAUUCCAGGUGUCUUCUAGGUCCUAAAUAUACACUUGACUUCCAUGUCUGUUUGAAAUGCCUUGGGAUGCCUUAGUAUAGUACCUCUUCUUUUUCUGUUCAGCCACAAUCAUUGUCCUAAUCACAAGAGCACAGAAGUGUUGCACUUCUGAGGCAAGACUGGAAAGCUUUUUGGGAGGGAAACAGAAUGCUUAGCAACUUAAGUGAUGCUUUUGAGUUGGCUCUGUAAACUUUCAUCUAAGUAUUUCAACUUUUGCCCUG